AUGGUCUCCAGAGAUGCUGCCAGGGGGAGAGUUGCAUUGAAGGUUAGCAACCAUGAUGGGCUUCCAAAUGUAGGACCAGUAGGAGUAGGACAAGUAGGACACAAGAAGUGGGGUUCCAGAGAUGCAGCUCCUCAGUCCCUCUCUCCGAGAGCAAGAUCUGAGUCGGUUGACCGAACGAGAAAACCGCCUGACAUGACUCCAAAGAAGAUGCGUAAGUUGCCUCGACCGCAAGCUCACCAUCAGAAAGAACUUGCACGGCCAGAAAAACGCCCUGAGCCACAGAAGCAGAGCCGAGAAGCCAGGACUUCUUCGGCGUCGUCAAGGAAAGCCAGGUCUUCUUCCGCUUCUUCGAGGAGUCGAAAAGCCAGGGCUUCAUCGUCUUCUUCGAGGAGUCGCAAAGCCAGGAAUUCUUCGUCUUUUUCGAGAAGUCGCUCCCCGAGGGCCAAGCAGAAAGCGUCUUCCAGUGGUGCUCAAAGGUCCAGGCCAUCUCCACUACGUGGGCGGCUGUGGGGUUUUGACGUGAGCAAGUAUGAUGGGAAUUGGAAAGGGGCGACGGUCGAUUUCUUCAGGCGGUUGCAACGUUCUGACCCUAAAGAUCCUCCCUUUGGGAUCUAUCAUACAGUGAGGGAUGAGGAGGGCCUCUACCAUUCCACGCUGCAACUCACUGACAAAGCUCGAGCAGCUGCCCGUCUGAAAAAAUUGCACUACAAAGGAGAAGGGGAGCGUACCAAAAUAGCAGCAGAGGUUUCAGCAGCUCGUGUGCUUUGGGAUGAUCCUCGUAUAAGGGAGAAAGCCGCAAAGCUGCGACCUGGGAAGACGGCUAUGAAGCGUAGGAAAGCCUGUGCAGAGCACAAUGCCAGGCGCAAAGCGCAAUGGUUGGCACGCGUUGAGGGUUCUUCCCUGGCUUAUUCCAUCAGCGUCGGAUCCUUAGCUCCACAAGAGCUUUUGGGCAUCUGCUUCUUGCGGAUGACCAAUCGCCUUCGUGCAUGUGGCACAGCUCAGUGGUUCCCGAUCCUAUUGGAACGAGCCCGAGCACAACUGUUCCCACACCAGUCGGGAAGCCUGGGUGCGUCAUCGGUUCUGCGGUCGGGACCGGCCGUCUCAGAGGCUGAAGCCUGGAAGAAGCAGGCCAUGUCCAAGGACAGCGCGGGAGCGGAAGCACUGCAGGAAAAAGUGCAGUUGCAGGUGGAGCUGGAACGGCAGAAAGCAGAGGACGUCGGCGGCCAAGCCCUGAAGGAAUGUGAAACCCUGCAGGUUGACCUUGGCAAGCUGAGCAGCUCCAACCAAAACGCCGACGGUGGUGAGUUGGAGGCCGCGAAGCGAAAGGCGCUCGAGGAAUUGGAGCAGGAGCGUCAGUUCGCCAAGGAGGCGGCCAGUGAGUGCACUGAGCUGAAAGCCCAGGCACAAUCCACUAGUGUGAAGAUGACCGAAGUUGAAAACCAGUGCAAAACGGCAGAGGCCGCGAAGCGAAAGGCGCUCGAGGAAUUGGAGCAGGAGCGUCAGUUCGCCAAGGAGGCGGCCAGUGAGUGCACUGAGCUGAAAGCCCAGGCACAAUCCACUAGUGUGAAGAUGACCGAAGUUGAAAACCAGUGCAAAACGGCAGAGGCCGCGAAGCGAAAGGCGCUCGAGGAAUUGGAGCAGGAGCGUCAGUUCGCCAAGGAGGCGGCCAGUGAGUGCACUGAGCUGAAAGCCCAGGCACAAUCCACUAGUGUGAAGAUGACCGAAGUUGAAAACCAGUGCAAAACGGCAGAGGCCGCGAAGCGAAAGGCGCUCGAGGAAUUGGAGCAGGAGCGUCAGUUCGCCAAGGAGGCGGCCAGUGAGUGCACUGAGCUGAAAGCCCAGGCGGCCAGACGUGGGGGGUGCUAA